CCUUAAUUCACUUCCUUACUUCGCCUUCUUUCUUGCUUCUUUCCUGUUUUCUACCUCCACACCCAACUCACAUAAAAAAAAACUUUGAACUUAGUUUGAACUAUUACCCAGAAAAAUCUCAAACCCAUUUAUUUUAUAGCUAAAAUACCCACUUGAUUAUUGUUAAAAUUAAAGUCCACAUCUUUAGUCAGAUAAAAACAAGAGUAUGUUUUUGUGGGUAAAUGAGAUCUAUUACCUUGUAAGUGGGAAAGUACUUGGUCUCAUGUUUGAAUAAAAAAAUUUAUAUUCAUUUUGAUAGCGAAUGUUUCUAUAGUUGUGAUUUUGGUUAUUUAGACUUAGUCUAAUUUAAUGUUAGUUGCUUAAAAUAUUUGGAUUUUUGAAGUGGUUGAAGACAUUUGGGGUGCAUGUCAUGCAAAUGAAAGCAACUGAUUCGGUUUGAAGAAUUCAGAGAGAAGAAUACACGCUUUCUUGAAAAUAACUACUAUAAAGAAUUUUGGAGAACUAAUUAUAUUUCUUAGUUAUUUAACUAAGGAUUUUGUGAGGUAAAGGACCACCAUAGUUGUGGAGUUCAACAAUUGAAAGGGAGGCCGAUGCGUCAACCACAGGUUACAUUCGCUAGGCGGACUCCGUCGGGCAACUAUGUGAACUAUUCUAGAGAGAAUCUAUCAAGAGAUGAUCUUGAUAGUGAGCUUGGGAGUGUGGAGUUCAUGAAUUACACAGUUCAUAUCCCUCCAACUCCUGACAAUCAGCCCAUGGACCCUUCCAUCUCUCAAAGGGUGGAGGAGCAAUAUGUGUCGAAUUCCCUCUUUACAGGUGGUUUCAAUAGUGUGACUCGUGCACACUUGAUGGAUAAGGUGACGGAGGCAGAGGCGAACCAUCCUCAGAUGGCUGGAGUAAAAGGGUCUUCUUGUCAGGUCACGGGUUGUGAUGGGAAGGUGAUGAGUGAUGGAAGAGGUGACGAUAUACUCCCGUGUGAAUGUGAUUUUAAGAUCUGUCGGGAUUGUUAUAUAGAUGCUGUUAAAGGAGGUGACUCAAUGUGCCCUGGGUGCAAAGAGCCUUACAAGCAGACCGAUUUGGAUGAGAAGGCAGUAGAUACUUCUGGUAAUUCUUUACGUUUGCCACCCUCAAAGCAAGAACGAGGGAUGUCUUUGAUGAAGUCAACUAAGUCGGGUUAUAUGAGGAGCCAGACCGGUGGAGCGGAGUUUGAUCAUAACAGGUGGUUGUUCGAGACUAAGGGUACCUAUGGUUAUGGCAAUGCCAUAUGGCCAAAGGAAGGAGGAUAUGGAAAUGGUGGUGGUGGUGGUGGUGAUGAUGAUGAGGUACAUGAACCAACUGAAUUUCUUAACAAACCUUGGAGGCCUCUAACUCGUAAAUUGAAGAUACCAGCAGCAAUUAUCAGCCCAUACAGGCUUCUCGUAUUUAUCAGACUGGUUGUUCUAGCGCUGUUCCUUGCGUGGAGGAUAAGGAAUCCUAACACUGAUGCAAUAUGGCUGUGGGGUAUGUCUGUGAUUUGUGAGCUCUGGUUUGCGUUCUCUUGGGUCCUUGACCAGCUGCCUAAGCUUAACCCAGUAAAUCGUGUUACUGACCUUAAUGUUCUGAAAGAGAAGUUUGAAUUGCCUGGUCCGAACAAUCCAACCGGAAAAUCUGAUCUUCCGGGAAUAGAUAUUUUUGUUUCUACUGCUGAUCCAGAAAAAGAACCCCCACUUGUUACUGCAAACACGAUUAUGUCUAUACUCGCAGCUGACUACCCAGUGGAGAAGCUUUCUUGCUAUGUUUCCGAUGAUGGGGGAGCCCUUUUAACCUUUGAGGCAAUGGCUGAAGCUGCGAGUUUUGCUAACCUGUGGGUCCCAUUUUGUCGGAAACAUAAUAUUGAGCCCAGGAAUCCCGAGUCUUACUUCAGUCUGAAGAGAGAUCCUUACAAGAACAAGGUUAAGUCAGAUUUUGUCAAAGACCGUCGUCGGAUUAAACGUGAGUAUGAUGAAUUUAAGGUUCGCGUUAAUGGUCUUCCUGAUUCCAUUCGAAGACGUUCUGAUGCUUACAACGCCCGAGAAGAGAUUAAGGCUCUGAAGAUGCAGAGAGAGCAAGCAGGAGAUGAACCGUUGGAACCUAUUAAAGUGCAAAAAGCUACUUGGAUGGCUGAUGGAACACACUGGCCUGGCACUUGGUUGAAUUCAGCACCUGAGCAUUCUAAGGGUGAUCAUGCUGGAAUUAUACAGGUUAUGUUGAAACCUCCAAGUGAUGAACCUCUUCAAGGAUCAGUUGGUGAAGAUGUGCCUCUUGACUAUGGUGAAGUUGAUAUUCGUCUUCCAAUGCUGGUUUAUGUUUCACGAGAGAAGCGUCCUGGCUAUGACCACAACAAGAAGGCCGGGGCUAUGAAUGCACUUGUUCGUGCUUCGGCAAUCAUGUCAAACGGGCCUUUUAUUCUUAACUUGGAUUGUGACCACUAUAUCUACAAUUCCCAAGCCAUGAGAGAAGGCAUGUGCUUCAUGAUGGACCGUGGUGGUGAUCGCCUUUGUUACAUUCAAUUCCCCCAGAGGUUUGAAGGCAUUGACCCCUCUGAUCGUUAUGCCAAUCACAAUACUGUGUUCUUCGACAUCAAUAUGCGGGCUCUUGAUGGGCUUCAGGGCCCAGUUUAUGUUGGGACUGGGUGCCUUUUCCGAAGAAUUGCCCUCUAUGGUUUUGAUCCACCUAGGUCCAAGGAACACCGUGGUUUUUGUGACUGCUGCUUUGGUCGUCGCAAGAAGCACCGCGUUGCAGUUGAUUCUUCGUCUGAAGAAAAUCGGUCACUUAGAAUGGGAGACUCUGACGACGAGAUGGACCUUUCUUUGUUUCCCAAAAGGUUCGGUAACUCAAGCUUUCUUGUCGAUUCAAUUCCAGUAGCGGAGUUCCAAGGUCGCCCUCUUGCUGAUCACCCAUCUAUCAAGAAUGGCAGACCACCAGGCGCCCUAACUAUCCCUCGUGACCUUCUAGAUGCUUCUACUGUUGCUGAGGCCAUUAGCGUUGUAUCUUGUUGGUACGAAGAUAAAACCGAGUGGGGCGGCCGUAUCGGUUGGAUUUACGGAUCCGUGACAGAAGAUGUGGUCACGGGUUACAGAAUGCACAACAGAGGUUGGAGAUCAAUAUAUUGUGUUACCAAGAGGGAUGCUUUCCGUGGUACCGCACCCAUCAAUCUUACAGAUCGACUCCACCAAGUCCUUCGGUGGGCCACAGGGUCCGUCGAGAUUUUCUUCUCUCGAAACAAUGCCUUGUUAGCAAGCCCCCGGAUGAAGCUUCUUCAGAGGGUUGCUUACCUUAAUGUUGGUAUCUACCCAUUCACCUCAAUCUUCCUGAUAGUCUACUGUUUCCUCCCUGCGCUCUCCCUAUUUUCGGGUCAAUUCAUUGUCCAAUCCCUUAGCAUAACCUUCCUCAUAUAUCUCCUUGUUAUAUCCUUAUCUCUCUGCUUGCUCGCGCUUCUUGAGAUCAAGUGGUCUGGCAUUAACCUCGAAGAAUGGUGGAGGAAUGAACAGUUUUGGCUUAUUGGAGGCACAAGUGCUCACCUUGCUGCCGUGCUUCAGGGUUUGCUUAAGGUUGUUGCUGGUAUUGAAAUUUCUUUUACUUUGACAUCCAAAUCAGCCGGUGAUGAAAAUGAUGAUGAUUUUGCUGACCUGUACGUCGUGAAAUGGACGUCUCUGAUGAUUCCUCCUCUUGUGAUCAUCAUGGUUAAUCUAAUUGCUAUAGCGGUUGGUUUUAGCCGUACUAUCUACAGCACUAUCCCACAGUGGAGCAGGCUGCUAGGAGGAGUGUUCUUUAGUUUCUGGGUUUUGGCUCAUCUCUACCCUUUCGCCAAGGGGCUCAUGGGAAGAAGAGGAAGAACCCCCACCAUUAUUUUUGUGUGGGCCGGUCUUAUCGCUAUCACUAUUUCUCUCCUCUGGGUUGCAAUCAGACCCCCGGGUGGUGCUCAGAAUACCGAUAUUGGAGGAGGUUUCACUUUUCCUUGAACAUUACUUACUAGUACUGUUAACCUUCAAAAGGUUUAUAUUUUAUAUACUUCUUCUUUUCCUUUUCGGGGUUUCUACGAGUAUCUCUUGUAGUCCCAUAAUAUACACAGGGGAAAUCAGGUGGGAUGAUGUGCAUUUUGUUGGCAAUGGUUUUAGGUUUCUUCUCCCUUGGAAUUUUUAUUGAUUUGGAUGUUUAUAUGUGGCGUGUGGGGGAAAAGGGAACAUUCAUGCUUACAUUUUCUGCACCCUUUACAUUCUUUUUGUAAUUUACUGUGUAGAGUCAUAAAUAGUUGGAAAUCAUUUGACAGAUGAUUCAGAAUUUAUGUAACAUGUAACCAUCACAUUUGAUUUAUUUUUCUAUGAGCAAUCAAUUUUGUAACGUAA